CCACUGCGCGUGGCUGCUGCAGCCCCAUCCGGACCCGGUGCUGGCGCGGGGCAGGGGCUCCCGGCCUGCUCUGCUCCUGGGUUAGGGUCUCCACGGCCCCUGCUGCCCCCGGAGACACCCAGGUGCCGAGCGGCUGCGCUCUCAGGGUGGCAGCAUGGACUGCCUCUUCCCCACCCCGCCCUGGGGCGUCUACGGCAGCGCCUUGCAGGACAACCUCUCCAGCCCCAACCACAGCCUGCUGCCGGCCGACCUGCUGCUCAACGUCAGCCACGGCGCCUUCCUGCCCCUCGGGCUCAAGGUCACCAUCGUGGGGCUCUACCUGGCCGUGUGCGUCGGGGGGCUGCUGGGGAACUGCCUGGUCAUGUAUGUCAUCCUCAGACACACCAAGAUGAAGACGGCUACCAACAUCUACAUCUUUAACCUGGCCCUGGCGGACACCUUGGUCCUGCUGACGCUGCCCUUCCAGGGCACCGACGUGCUCCUGGGCUUCUGGCCGUUCGGGAACGCCCUGUGCAAGGUCGUCAUCGCCAUCGACUACUACAACAUGUUCACCAGCACCUUCACGCUGACCGCCAUGAGCGUGGACCGCUACGUCGCCAUCUGCCACCCCAUCCGCGCCCUGGAUGUCCGGACGUCCAGCAAGGCCCAGGCGGUCAACGUGGCCAUCUGGGCCCUGGCCUCCGUCGUCGGCGUCCCCGUGGCCAUCAUGGGCUCGGCGCAGGUGGAGGACGAAGAGAUCGAGUGCCUGGUGGAGAUCCCCGCCCCGCAGGACUACUGGGGCCCCCUGUUCGCCGUGUGCAUCUUCCUCUUCUCCUUCGUCAUCCCCGUGCUGAUCAUCUCCGUCUGCUACAGCCUCAUGAUCCGGCGGCUGCGCGGCGUCCGCCUGCUCUCGGGCUCCCGGGAGAAGGACCGGAACCUGCGCCGCAUCACGCGGCUGGUGCUGGUGGUGGUGGCCGUGUUCGUGGGCUGCUGGACGCCCGUGCAGGUCUUCGUGCUGGUCCAGGGGCUGGGGGUCCAGCCGGGCAGCGAGGCGGCGGUGGCCGUGCUGCGCUUCUGCACCGCCCUGGGCUACGUCAACAGCUGCCUGAACCCCGUCCUCUACGCCUUCCUGGACGAGAACUUCAAGGCCUGCUUCCGCAAGUUCUGCUGCGCCUCCGCCCUGCGCCGGGAGGGGCCGGUGUCUGACCGCGUGCGCAGCAUCGCCAAGGACGUGGCCCUCGCCUGCAAGACGUCCGAGACCGUGCCGCGGCCCGCAUGACUAGGCGUGGACCUGCCCAUGGUGCCCGUCAGCCCGCAGAGCCCGUCCACGCCCAACACGGAACUCACCCAGGUCACCGCACUCUAGACUGACGUGUGCCCCGAGCCCCGGGUGCCGCCAGCCACCGGGAGCUUCCCUGGGCCCGGAGGGCCUGGUGACAUCAUGGGACAGGUCAGAGCAUGAAGGCCGCCCCACACCCCGGCCACACCACACCUGUCCUCCUGGAGCCAGGUGGGGGAGGGGACGUGCAAGAACUCGCCAGCAGGGGAGCCCGGCCGGAGCUCAGCCACCAUACCCACGAGUCGCGGGACUCCACGGCCUCCCAUCUGCCUGCCUGCCUGUUCCAGGGGGCACGCCUGUGGAGGCGUGACAGUGCGUGUUCAGCCUCGUGCCCCUGUGCCGUGUCAUGCCUGCAGGGAACCCGCCCUGAGCUGGCGCUGCUGAUCGGACUCGCCCGGGCUGCACGCUGGUGCGGCCCCCUUGUCCCCCCCGCUUCCGCUUCCGCCUCCCCUCGGGGACCCUUCCUGCCCAGCAGCACCCUGGACCACUGUGCCGGGGACGUGGCCGUCCACGUGCGUGGAGCCGGCGUGGCGGUGGGAGUGGGGCCGUGGGGCCCCGCGGGCUGCUCUGUCUGCCGUUUGCACAGUGGCCCCUGUGCCCGGUCCUGACUGCCUGGUGCCAGGGUCGUGCCCGGGGGUCCCGCCUGGGGGUCCCUGGGUCCUGCUGCGGCUUCUCCUUCGCAGCGUUUCCUUUCCUUGAAUUCAGAGGUCGGCGGCCAUGCUGCUGGCCGGACCUUGUGCCCUGUUCGGGUCUCGGUGGCCUGGACAGGGUGGCCAUGGGGACAGGUUUGCUCUGCACCGGUGGAGACUCAGCCCUCGCUUCGUUCCCAAGCCUCCCGGUUUCUGUGGGAGAGGCCCAGGCGCCGGGCGCCAAACCAGGCGGUUCCGGUGUCAGAGCUGGGGUGAGGCCUGGGGCUGGCAGGCCUGCUGAGGCCGCUGUGAGGCUGGCCUGGGCUGGGGGAUGCUAGUGGGCGGAGUCUCUCUGCUGCCGUUGCCGGAAAAGCGCCCCCCCAAGUCCACCGCUGGAAGCUGCCUGCACCGGGUGACUUUGCAGACGGUCCUCCGGUCCUCCGCAGCAUUGAAGACUCCACCUCCACCUGUGGGCCGAGCUGCAGCCCCCGGCCAGCUGAUCCCUCGGCCAGCUGACCUCAGUCGGGCACCUGUGAGGAGCAGGAAGUGCUGACUCUGGCCAGCUUCCGGAGCCAGGCCCCGUGGGGCCGCCAGGGUUGCGGCGAUUUCCUGCGGAGACAAAGAUGUGCGACCUUGUGCCGUGCCCCUCCGUCCCCCCACCCACGUCUGUGUGCGCGUGACAGCGUGACCCGGCUCUCGGCCAGCCUCAGCCCGUCUCCGGGGCCCCCCAGUGACCGGUGCCCACCCACAGUGUCUGUGGCUCCCGCUGGGUGGGCCGUCGGGCGCCUUCUCCCGGACGAUCGUGCGAUUGUGGGUGGGCCUCCCCCUGCUCUGGCUGCUCGCCUGCCCCGCUCUGUCCUCAGGGGAAGGUCCCCCCACCUGAGGCCCCAGCUUUGGCCAGGGGCCCGCCGACCGGUUUGAGUUGGGGGCUGUUACCUUCUACUCAGCAAGCGUUCAGAUAGUGUGUCCUCCCUAAAGAGCAGCCCCGGCACCUCUCUCCUGCAGGGGGAUGACCCCGUGCUCCCCCCACGUGGGUGUGGUUUCUGUGGGGCCCAGUUUUGCCCAGGUGACCCUCCAGCAGGUGACCCUAGCAGAGGGCGAGGCCAACCUUGGGCCGAAGUGCUUGGCAGGCCAUGAUGGUGUAGUUUUUGUUUUUGUUUUUUAAAGAUUUUAUUUAUUUUUAGA